CCCUUCAUAGCAAUGUUAAUCCCACUAUCCCCAAGUAAGAUUGAUAGUCCCAUGAAACUCGUAGCUCUGUAGCAUGUGACACAACUAAACAUGAAUUUGACAAGACUCGCCGAAUCAUUAAUCCAAUCCCACUGUCUAAGAGGCGAAACAAACAUGCCCUUAACAACUCCUAGGCUCCUAGCAGACAUUGUGAAGAAAAAGGUAAAAACCGGUGGUUCAAAAGAAGAAUUUUAGAAUUAAUGAGCGGAGUCAAUAAACCUCAUGUCCUGUCCUAGGCUCCUAGCAGACAUUGUGAAGAAUCUCUCUCUGUCUCUCUCUAAAACUCAAAAAUGGAUGAGAUUGAGCACAGGUACGUUGAAGUGAAAGGUCUGAAGCUCCAUGUAGCUGAGAUCGGGUCGGGCCAAUCGGUUGUGGUUUUCCUCCACGGGUUUCCCGAGAUAUGGUACUCCUGGCGCCACCAGAUGAUCGCCCUCUCCAACGCUGGUUACCGUGCGAUCGCACCCGAUUUUAGAGGGUACGGGCUGUCUGACCCACCACCCGAACCCGAAAAGGCCUCCUUUGCUGACCUCAUCACCGACCUCCUCGCUAUCCUCGAUGUCCUGAGCAUUCCAAAGGUUUUUCUCGUUGCUAAAGAUUUUGGGGCUCGGCCUGCCUACUAUUUUUCCCUUUUCUACCCAGAGAGGGUCUCAGGAAUCAUAACCAUGGGUGCGCCAUUUUUUCCCCCGGGUUCCGUAACAUUCGGCAAACACCUUCCUGAAGGUUUCUACAUCUCAAGGUGGAGGGAACCUGGACGAGCUGAAGCUGAUUUUGGCCGUCUUAAUGCCAAAACGGUUGUGCGGAACGUCUACAUUCUCUUCUCCAAAAGUGAAAUACCGAUAGCUGGAGAAAAUCAAGAAAUCAUGGAUUUGGUGGAACCUUCUACUCCUCUUCCCCCAUGGUUCUCGGAGGAAGAUCUUGAAGCCUAUGGAGCUUUGUAUACAAAAUCUGGAUUUCGCACUGCCCUGCAAGUUCCUUACAGGUCUAUUGAUGAAGAGUUUAAGUUACCAAAUACAAAAGUUGCAUGUCCGGCAUUGCUGAUCGUGGGUGAGAAAGAUUAUGCUUUCAAAUUUCCGGGAAAGGAGGACUACAUAAGGAGCGGACAGGUGAAAACGUUUGUCCCUGAUUUGGAGAUAACAUACUUGUCCGAAGGAACCCAUUUCGUUCAGGAGCAAUUCCCCGAUCAGGUGAACCAACUAAUCCUCACCUUCUUCAGUAAGCAUAGUUGAUUUUCAAACAGUCAAUGGUUGGUUUGUUUUUGACAUUGGAAGUGUGUUGAAAGGAUUAGUUGGAGCUCAAGAAUACCUUGAAAAGUUUGGAGUCAUAGUAUUAGUAUGCCAAUUGUGACAUGAAUAAUAAUUAACUUUGUUGGGCAUUAUCAAAGGAAGAAUAAUUUUGUAGUUUUUCUGUUUGUCUUGAAAUUUAUGUGCAAGAUGUUUGGUGCAUUAUGAAA